AUUAAUGGAUUAGGCUAUCAGCUUUCAUCAAUAAAAUUAGUCACCAACUGUUGGAUUAGUUGUUUAAGUAAAUUUGAAGCAAAAAUUUUUUAAAAGACAAAUCAUCAUUCCAGCUUCUGGAGCGCGUACAUUUGUUGCUUUUGAAAAUGAUCGGCAGAUUAAUUGAUGACUACAACAAUCAUUAGUGGCAGUCUUACACUAAUGUUGACGUGUGAAACAAGUCCCAAUACUCUCCUCUCGAGUCUCAGGAGUGUAUCAGGACUUUGUUUAUUUUAAUGUUCCCUGCAAUUAAAUUUAUAAUUUUAAAUCCAUAUGUAGAAUAUGUGUAAUGUGUUUUUCAUUUAAUCAGUGAUACAAAAUAUUGUGUUUUGUGUCUUAUUUUGUAAAUAUCCAAGACGGAUAGAUAGAAAAAGAUAGAAAAUAACAAAUGUUGGUUGAAAUGUUGUUUCAGUGUUGAUUACUGACAACUCAUGUACAUAGGCAUAGUAUAAAAACGCAAUAAAUUCACACAAUAUUAAAAAAGGAAUAUAUAUGUGUGUGUGUAUAUGUAUGUGAGUACAUUUGUAAUUCAUUAACUGACUUCAUACUUAUAUUUACUGACUUUAUACAUAUUCACCAUAACAUAAAAUAGCCAUACCAUCCCAGGGACUCAUCUUAUGGAAAAAAAUAUACAUCAUAAAAACAAAAUCGUCAGAUCAUACUCCCAUUAAAGUGGAUUGACACUUAAAGUCGAACAGAGGUCAGUUGGGUUUAGGCUGCAUGUCAUAUCGCGUGUCCCAGCCGUUACGACACCUAAUCAUGAUGUCAGUCUGUGUGAGGAUGACUGGAGCAAAUAGUCCUGGAUUGUGUAUGUAACAAUGGUUGUUUUUUUUGCCACUGUUAUAAAGGUUACUGAGGGUCAUUAGUCUCUUGUACCUCUGACAUGUUGAUUUCCUACAUCUCAAGAGUCUUAAUUCAUCUUGGAGGAAUAUGUGCGCUUACUUCCAUGAGAGCACUUUGUCAGGACUCCUCUGACUUUUCUCCCGCUAUCGCUGAUGUAGUGUGCAUCCUGUUGUUGUAAACUUGCAGCCACCUGCCGGCCACUUCAGCCUCCGAGCCCUGUUUCCUCUACCCACUGGGCACAAGAGUUAGCAUCCUGCCAGGAAACCCUGUCAUUCUCUCACACAUCAUCUUCUCACAGAUUACGCCUUUUAGGGCACUCGCGACACUUUGCAACAAGUGUGUAAACUUUAUCUACAGUAUAUUGUGUAUGACAGCUGAAAGUAGGUUAGCUAUGGUUUAUUUACCAGAAUGAAAUCUUAAUUUAAGCAGUAUGUUUGCUUUUGCCUUACUGCAGAUUGUUUGAUUUAAUUCAACAUUUUAUAAUGCACACAUAUUAUGCAAGAGGUAAACAUCCUCUUUGGACUUACUGGUGGGAUUGACUCAACCAUGAAAAUAGCUCCAUCUUGUGGGACUAGACACAAACAGCAAUUAUAAUACUGUAUGCACAAUAUGUAAUUCACUGUACCUCGUCAUUUACAUGAUGGAAGGAUUUUGAUCAAUAAAAAUACAUCUUAAGCUGUAAGCCAUAAGCUAAAAAAUUUCAUGUUAUCUUUAGGUGACUCUGCAGAUGCAGUCCCAUCAAUAGCCCCAGUGUGCUUAUGCAACAGCAAGACGCGUGAUUAAAAAAAAUAAAUGGUUAUGUCAGUGAUUCCUCAAGCUAUUAAGAGAUUUGAGGGAAAAAGUGUUAAAGCACUAAAAUAGAGACAGAGAGAGAGAGAGAGAGAGAGAGAGAGAGAGGAGCAGCAGCACAAGACUGGAAAACCUGUAGGUUAGAGGGUCAACACUGCGUGAUAUAAGCUUAGAGUCCAUUAGUGGAUUAUAACCAUAACCACUCCAUGGCUCCUGCCUCUCUCUUGGAUUAAAGAGAGAGACAGCGAGACAGAGCGAUACAGGGAUAUCCUGAGCGCAUGUGAGUGACUAACUGGAAAGCAAGUGAACUGAGCAAAUUCAAAGUCAGAAUAGUAUACUGUGGAUACGUGGACAGAGAAACACUGGGAAGCGAGUAAAGUUUUAGUUGUGACAGUACUUUGGUUUGGCAGAUUUAAGGUGAUUUUGGCACACCUGCGGUAUAUCACCUGGCUGAUUAAGUGAAUUGCAGAAGGUAAGUUUAGAUGAACAUAUGGAAUUAAACUCUUGUAAUCUUCCUGCAGUCUUUUAUGUGUGUGUAUAAUGCAUUUUAAUGUGGUGUAAGUGUAAUGUAAAAGAUUCAGAUUCAGCCUUCAUCAGUCAGGAAGUAUUUAGUGGUGAUCAAACUGAUGCGGUUGUCAUGAAGGUAAGAUUGUAGGAUGAGUAUUUUACAGAAAGUAUAUAAUUUCUGCCCUUUAAUGUCUCACAUUGAUUUAUUUUUGCAUUCUGUAUGAAUAACAGACCAAACAUAUACUGUACAUGAUGUGAUUUAAUUCAUUUGUAUUUAAUAAUGCUUAACCUAUGUCCCAUCGUCAUCAUUAUUGUUGUGUAACUUUAAUUUUGUUAUGGACUGAAUGAUUAUUUGUCUCCCUGUGUGUGUGCACAAGAAGCAUGGAGGUGGACCUAGAGACGAUUAUCCAGUGCAUCAAGCAGGGGAAUGAGAACGGUGUUCAGACACAGCUACAGGAGUUCAACAAAGAGUUUGCUCAGUGCUUCUUCUUUGAUGCUGAGGAGAGGGACCGAAGGAAAUUCAAGAAGAAUAAAGUGAGGGACUACACUGAUUCUGACUCCGACUGUGACGAGUACGACCAGGAGGAUCGAGGCCUCAUCCUCAGACAAAAUUUAGCUGUUGUCCUUUUGAGGUUCAUAAGAACAGGAGUUAAAUCUCGUCUGUUGAGGGUGUCUCUACGCACCCUGAGAAUCCUCUCUAGAGACAAAAAGGUCCUGGGCCCCUUGGUGACCGACAGCGCUCUCCUGACUGUGGCCAAACUCGCUGGGCUGACGACAUGUGAUGCAAGCGACGAAGCCAGCGACCCUGACUCUGAUUUCUACGAUAACAUCAUCGUUUCUCUCGCUGAGGCCAAAGUGUUGCAGUCUCGCAGCAAUGAGGGCGAAGGCUAUGUUGAAGCCAACGAGCAAUACGAAGAGUGCUCCGCCUUUGAUGACGACGCCAAGAGUGACAUCAGCAACGCCAACAGCGGAGAUCUGGACAGCAUCAGCUGUCUCGGGAGCCACAGGACCAGCAUCAAUGAAAUGCACAGAAGCAGCAUCCAUCACAAAGUGCUGGAGCGAGGGAGGAAGGACCGCAGAGAGAGCAAAAUGGAAGGGGAGGAAGUGGAGGAGGAGGGGGAGUCAGGGGAGGAGUCGCAGAGAAAAGAGGCCAUGAAGGUGUUAUGUAAUGUGGUGUACAACAGCACCUGGGCACAGGAGAGGUUCAGUGGUCUCAGGCUCAUAUGUGGUCUCAUAGAGCGUCUCUCCUCCAGUAUUAGUUGCCCGUGUCCCUCCAGUGUUCAGUUCUAUGAACUACGCCUCUUGUUCCUCAUUACUGCACUACGGCCAGAGCUCAGGACACAGCUUCAACAGGAGGGAGGUGUGUCCAUCCUCACUGCAGCUCUGGAGGGCUGCCUGGAUGUUAAGUGGAAGGACCAGUAUGAGUGUGUGCUGGACCCAGCAGCACCACCCAUCUCACUGGAAGCCUCUCAGUGUGUCAUAGAGAUUCUCAAAAUCCUCUUCAACAUCACCUACAGCACCCACAGGCAGGAGCCAAGUGAGGAUGAUGCAGCUCUCUACCGACACCUGGUGGCGCUCCUGCGUGUCUGCCUGAUGAGGAAGUGUAUGCUUUCGGAUGACACAGAUGAACUGCAGGGUCACACAAUCAACCUGUUGUCAGCGCUGCCUCUCCAGUGUCUCGAUGUGCUGCUGAUGGUGCCUCUGCAGCCAGGCUCGCAGCAGUGCCAGGGAGUCAACAUGGACUGUGUCCACGCACUGGUGCAGUUCAUGGAGAGACGCCUAGAGUCGGGUGAUAAGAUCAAAGAGAGGCUGACACCAAUCCUCAAUCUGCUGACAGAGAGCUGCAGGGCCCACAGAGAAACACGCCAUUACAUCAGGAAACACAUCCUGCCUCCUCUGAGAGAUGUAUCACACAGGCCAGAGGAAGGCUCCACAGUGAAGAGUCGUCUGAUCCGUCUCAUGACUCAUCUGGAUACAGACGUCAAACACUGCGCCGCUGACCUAAUCUUUGUCCUCUGCAAAGAAAAUGUGGGUCGUUUUGUGAAGUACACAGGCUACGGCAAUGCGGCGGGCCUGCUGGCCACCAGAGGUUUGCUGGGUGGUCAGGGGGCCAAGGCCUCCAGCUCGGACGGCCAGUACUCUAGCGACUCUGAUUCAGACACCGACGAGUACCGGCAGGUUAAAGAUCGCAUCAACCCGGUCACUGGGCGGGUGGAGGCAGAACAGCCGGACCCCAUGGAGGGCAUGACAGAGGAGGAGAAGGAGGAGGAGGCUAAGAGGUUGAUCAUGCUCUUCAACAAGCUGUCCAGAGAUAACAUUAUCCAGCCGAUGGGAGUGGAUUCAGAGGGGAAGCUGGUCCCAAUGUCAGGAAUGAGGGAAAAUUCCCUCACUGAGGAGAGGGAGUCUGGGUCAGACAAUGACGGAGACGCAGAGGAAGCAGAGAAGAACUGAAACAUAUAAAAUCCACUCAAUCAACUAAUUGAUUUUCUUUUGUAAAUAUCACAUUUCUAAAGUCUAACGACAUCAAACCAAAGUGAUGUAGUUGUCAAUGAAUGAACUCAAGAAAGGACAUAAAAAGCUUUUUUUUAAUUUCUUCCUCUUGGAUUCAUUGAUAAUGUAGAGAAGCAACAAGGUCACACUGAUUUGAGUUAAGAAUGAAAUUGUGAAUUGAUGGUAGAUCCUGAGAAGGAACUGAAUAAAAUCAGUUGAUAAAAUGAGGUAAUAACAUGAUAAUAUCCUCCAAUAUUUUAAUAAAGUCUUGAACUCUUAUUGUUUGUACUGAUAUUAUGUGUAUUUUAAUGUGUAGUUUAAUCAUAUAGCGUUGCUUCAGAGUAAAUUCAGAGUUGGCAGAAUCUGAUACACGUUCUUGUUGGUUAACCAUGAACCUUAAACAGAACAAGAUGAAAUAAACAUGUGCACAUAUUCA